UUUAGCUGUCAACGUCUCGCGCGGUGAAACCACCGAGUUGUCAUAACAAAUGCAAGUCGUGACUUCGUCCAGAGAAAAACUUCAUUAACAGGAGUUACUUGGAGGGGGGAAAGUCGUAGUUUAAAUAGUUUUGUUGCAUUUUUUUUCUUAAUGUUACUGCUUUAAAAGCAGCCCAGUGAGUUCGUGGACUGAAGAGAGGAUUACAGUUUCCUCGAGACUCUGUCAGUUGUUGGUCGUGAAUAGCGGGUUUAUCUGCGACACGCCUCGCGACAUAACGGGUCAUGUCUCGUAGAAGUUCUCGCUUGAUGUCAGGCGGUUACUACCAUUCAGAUGAAGAAUCGGACUCCAGUAGCGUGACCAACAUAUCCUAUCGUGAGAACCCGGUCAAAGUUUUCAAGAAAAAAGCAGGAACUCGAAAGGCUGCUACCCGCACUUCCAGCAGAGCCAGCAGCAAUGCCAGCUCUGCCACCCCUGAGAGAGCUGUUACCCCAGGUCUAGAUCCAUGUCCCUCAAGCGUGCAGCCCCAGCCCGUCACAAGGACUAUACCUUACACUCCCGCUGCAGCCACUCCUCGUCCUGCUCUGACAGCGUCCUCCCCCCGGAGCCAAACACCCACCAAACGCUCAUCUGUAACCCCAGUGACAAACGCCAAAGCUGGGCUCUGCAUCCAAGAGAAAACAGGUUUAAGCCACAGACCUCACCUGAAGGGGCCCAGUCAAAGCGGCGUUGACAGCUCAGGGUAUUCCUCGUCUGAAGGCACUUACCUGAGGCCUUUACCUGCCACUGCUAGCAGCAGCAGCUGCACUGAUCACAGUAAAGUUCAGACUCCAAAUGCUGGAUACAUAGACCGGGUCAGCAGUGCCUUCUGUACUCUCAUCGACUCAGCCUUAUUGACGACUGCUGACAUACAGUCUAGAAUCCUCAACAUCAGAGAUUCAGCUAGUGCCUCCUGCAGCAGACGGACCAAGCAGGCCUGUGCUCUGGCCCUCCUCCUUCUCAUAAUACUUCUUUGCAUUUGGUUGCUCCUUCCAUUGCUUACGUCUCUCAUCCCCCACAUGACUGUCACAAAGACCCCAACAUCCACACCAACCAGAAAACCAGAGAAUCAGCCCCCUGUCUUCACCACUCCUCCUCAACCCAACGUCAUCCCCACACCUGUGGUGGAUCCAGCUGUUGUUUCUGCUGCUGUUGAGGCAAAGAUGAAGCAUGUUUUGGUGGAGCUUCAGAUGAGGCAAGAGCGGCUUCUUUCUCAGCUGAAGGACAAAUAUCAGCUGGACAUGCAGGUCAUGAACGCAAAGCUGGAGGCGUCCGACUCCAGCCUUCGUCUUCACGUGGAGCAGGAGGUUGCAGGUCUGGCCAAGCAGAUAAAAGCUUCCCAGGCAGAGAGUCACGCUGCUGCUGCCAGCAUCAGCCUCAAAGUCCAAACCCUGGAGGCCCUGAGUGCCGAGCUGUCCCAGGAGCUGUUGUCCAUCCAGUCAGCUCCAGCCCCGUGUCCUGACAGCACCCCAGAACCCAUCCAGAACCAGCUGACCCCAGAGCUCCAGCAGGCCAUGGAGAAGUGGCUCACUGAUCGCAUCAAGGAGCAGGAACUGAUCAGGUUUGGAGACGGAGGGGGAUGUGCAGAGUGCAGACGUCCCAUUGCAGACAAAAUGGCAGACUUUGCUCUGGAGACUCAAGGGGCCAGUGUGGUCAGCACCAGGUGCUCAGAGACGUACCGGAUUCGUUCAGCAUGCGUGACCCUGUUUGGUUUCCCUCUCUGGUAUCCAUCUGAAAGUCCACGCACUGUCAUACAGGGAUACCCGGUGCUCCUUCCAGGGAAAUGCUGGGCAUUCCACGGUGUUCAAGGCACUCUGGUCAUCUCCCUCUCCCACCCCAUAAGGAUCACUCAUGUGACACUGGACCACCUCCCACGCUACAACGCCCCCACCGGCCGCAUCGACUCUGCUCCCAAAGACUUUCAAGUCUACGGCAUGAAAAACGACACAGCAGAAGGAAAGUUGCUCGGGACGUUUACCUACGAUGAGAACGGAGAGUCAUCCCAGACAUUUGAGCUGGCGAACCCGAGCGAUGUGGUUCAUCGGGUCGUGGAGCUGCGAGUCCUCUCUAACUGGGGUCACAUGGAGUACACGUGUCUUUACCGUUUCCGUGUGCACGGGAAGAUCGCUACCUCUUGAGCGGCUUCAGGGAGAACCUCCACAGAGCGGCGGUGCCAAAGGAAUGUGCUGUGCUCAGGACCAAAAGCCAAACAUUUUGUGCUGAGUCAUGUUUGUGUGAUGGCUGUGUGCCUGUCAGCAGGUUUUUGUUUUAUUGAUAAAUGCAGCUAUUUUUACAUGACAGAGAGGAUGAGAGUUGCUUGUGCAGUGCACUCGGCUUUAAAUAAAAGACAAAACUGAAUGAAUGCAUUUGAGAAUAAGAAGUUCUGGUAACUUUGAUAAUAAUGAUUACAGCAUUUAUUAGUGUAUAUUUACAUUAUAAAACACAUUUUUUUGCUUGAACUUAUUUUUUUCAGCGGUACUCAGACCGACUAAAAGACGGAUUUUCUUCCUCAUUUGAUGAAUUCUUCUUUUGGUGCAAAUUUGAGAUUUGAAAUGAAAAGUGGUGCUUGCAGAAUCUCUCAGGGCUUUCUCUCAUGUCAUAACGAGGAAUGAAAUGACAAAUACAAAGACAUUGAUUUUUUUUAUGUUCAUAAUUGGACAAUAAAUAAUGAUAAAAAGAA